AUGGAACCGGACCCGCGUACCGACGACUCUACAGUCAAUGGAGCAUCUUCGCAGACAGCACGCACCGCCGAAAAUGCUUCCACAAACGGCCAAGUUGACGAGCUAUACGAUGGAGUUACAAAAGUCGCGGGGCGAUUGUCCAUAUCGUCCGCUUCUAGACAGGGGCAGCCACAAGUCCUCAAUCCCGCGCCUGGCAGCAAGCUUGAUCCCUCGUCUCCGGCAUUUGACCCCCACGUCUGGGUAAAAGAAUUCAUCAGAUUGACCGAAUUGGACCCUGGGUCUGCACCUUCGCGCUCCCUCGGCGUUGCCUUCAGGGAAUUGAGCGUGUUUGCAUAUGGCACGGCCGCAGCGUUCCAAAAGACCACAGGAAGUGUGCUGCUUGAAGCCCCAGCCUACCUCGCUAGGUGGCUUUGCGGAAAUCGAUAUGGCAGACGUGUGGACAUUCUGCGCGACUUUGAAGGUGUUGUGGAAAAGGGAGAGAUGCUGCUCGUCCUGGGGCCCCCAGGCUCUGGCUGCUCUACGCUUCUCAAGUCGCUCUCAGGGGAAACGGCGGAUCUGAACGUGACGCCAGAAUCGUACAUCAACUUCCGAGGAUUGGGCCUUGCCAGCAUCCGCUCCUCACUUCGCGGCGAUGUUCUGUACAAUGCCGAGCUCGACACUCAUUUGGCGCAUCUGACUGUUGGAGAGACGCUGACGUUCGCCUCUCGUGCCCGCUCUAUGCGCUAUGUCCCGGGGGGCUUCACCCGCCAGCAGCUCGACACGGUACGCCGUGAUGUCAUGAUGGCCGUCUUCGGACUGAACCAUACCGUCAACACGCGUGUUGGAGAUGACUUUGUGCGUGGUGUCAGCGGCGGAGAGCGUAAGCGAGUCAGCGUUGCGGAGGCGUCUCUGACCGGAGCCAAGUUCCAGUGUUGGGAUAACUCGACGCGCGGGCUUGACAGCGCCAACGCUAUCAAUUUCUGCAGAAACCUGCGCCUCCAGGCAGAUCUUCUGGAUGUAACAUCCGUGGUCACCUUGUACCAAGCACCCCAGACAGCCUAUGAUCUCUUUGAUCGAGUAACUCUGAUCUAUGAGGGAAGACAGAUAUUCUUCGGUCGAACGUCCGACGCAAAGGAUUACUUUGAGAAUCUGGGCUUUUACUCACCCCCUAGGCAGACUAUCCCCGAUUUCCUGACGUCUAUGACCAGCCCAAAAGAGCGGAGGGUGAGACCUGGUUUCGAAGACUCAGUACCUCGCUCGCCGCAUGAGUUUGCAGAACGAUGGCGAUCAAGUGAGCAGCGGAAGAAUUUACUUCUUGAACUUGCAUCAUACGAGCAAAAACAUCACCCGGAAGAGAGAACGGCUGAAUACUCCCGAUCCAGGCAAGCUGAGCAGGCUAAGCAACAGCGCUCCAAGUCUGCUUAUACGAUAUCAUACACUCAGCAGAUCUCCCUCACUCUUUGGCGCGCUUACCGGAGAUUGCUGGCCGACCCUGGGUUCACCAUCGCUUCCCUGCUGUUUAACGUCGUGAUGGCGCUCAUCUUGGGAAGCAUGUUUUAUGACCUCAAUUCAGAUACAUCCAGCUUCUACUAUCGUGGAGGACUCAUCUUCUUCUCGCUUCUUUUCAAUGCUUUUGCGAGCCAGCUCGAGGUCCUAACAAUCUAUGCUGAACGCCCUGUUGUCGAGAAGCAGAAUCGCUAUGCUUUCUACCACCAGUCCGCACAGGCAAUUGCGAGUUACUUGACCGACCUGCCCUACAAGAUUGUCAACAUGUUUGUGUUUAACAUUCUUAUCUACUUUAUGGCCAAUCUGAGGCGAGAGGCCGGUGCUUUCUUCUUUUUUUGUCUCACCACCCUUCUCACCACUCUCGUCCAAUCAGCCAUCUUUCGCACAUUGGCCUGCAUAACCCGGACCCCUGAUCAGGCUAUGAUCCCCAGCGCCGUUUUGAGUCUUGGACUCAUGAUAUACACCGGCUUCACCACGCCGCUAGAAUAUAUUCCUGGAUGGUCGCGUUGGAUGACCUACAUUAAUCCCCUGGCAUAUGGCUUUGAGGCUUUAAUGGCAAACGAAUUCCAUAAUCGGGAUUUCCCCUGCGUUAGCAUGGUACCCAGCGGCCAAGGGUACGAAAACCUUGCGUCUGUAUCGCAGAUCUGCUCUGUUGUCGGCUCGGAGGCUGGCUUAGCCUUUGUCAAUGGAGACAACUAUAUCAACAGGUCGUUUGACUACUGGAAUGUGCACAAAUGGAGGAACAUCGGUAUUCUCUGCGCAUUUUUGGUAGUAUUUUUCCUUGCCUACGUGCUUGCUGCUGAGCUCGCGAAGCCACCCAGUACACGUGGCGAGAUUCUAGUAUUCCGCCGUAAAAAAGGGUCUUCUAAACCAGAAAAGGCACUGCCCCAGGACGAUGCCGAGAAUCAAAUGCAAAGCCGCCAAGUAGUAGCAGAGAAGGCAGAGUCUCCAAGCCGGUCUAACGACAUCGUAGUGGGAAAGGAUGUCUUUCACUGGGAGGAUCUCUGCUACGACAUCAAAAUCAAGGGCGGAAAUCGUCGUCUUUUAGACCAUGUCGACGGCUGGGUCAAACCCGGCGUAUCAACCAUUCUCAUGGGCGUUUCUGGCGCAGGCAAAACAACCCUUCUGGAUGUUCUGGCAACUCGCGUCACCACUGGUGUUGUAACUGGCGAUACAAUGGUUAAUGGAAACCCAACAGCUCCCUCCUUCCAGCACAAGGUUGGCUAUGUCCAGCAGCAAGACCUCCAUCUUAGCACCAUGACGGUUCGCGAAGCGCUUCAGUUCAGUGCCGUCCUUCGACAAGCAGCGGAGAUACCCAAAUCCGAAAAGCUUGACUACGUUGAGCAUGUUAUAGAUAUCCUGGAAAUGCGAGAAUUCGCGGACGCUGUCAUUGGUGUUCCUGGAGAGGGGCUCAAUGUUGAGCAACGGAAACGUCUUACAAUAGGCGUGGAGCUGGCCGCUCGACCACAGCUAUUGAUCUUCUUUGACGAACCUACUUCGGGAUUAGAUUCGCAGACGUCCUGGGCCAUUUCUGAACUGAUUAAAAAAUUGACUAAUAGCGGCCAGGCGGUUCUCUGCACCAUUCAUCAACCCUCUGCUAUUCUCUUUGACCAGUUUGAUCGAAUUCUCCUUAUCGCCCCAGGAGGCAAGACAGUCUACUUUGGUGAUUUGGGCAGCGGUGCUUCGACUCUGAUCAACUACUUUGAAAGCAACAAUGCCCCCGAAUGCCCAGCGGGCGCCAACCCCGCCGAAUGGAUGUUGCAGGUGAUCGAGCCGCCCGCUGAUGGCUCGAAAGGACCGGACUGGCACCAGAUAUGGCUGGAUUCUCCCGAAUAUCAGACAAUCAAGACGGAGCUCGGUCGUCUUAGAGCUCUUCCGACCACAGAAUCCAGCGGUGACGAAGCCGCUGAUCGGCAUCAGGAAUUUGUGGCCUCGUUCUGGACACAGUUCGGCCAAGUUCUGCAGCGCACCUGGAAGCAUCUCUGGCGAUCACCGACUUACAUCUGGUCCAAGGCCAUACUGAUUGCCCUUUCCUCUCUCUACCUCGGCUUUAGCUUUGAUGCCAACAAUUCCAUCCAGGGACUGCAGAACCAGCUGUGGGCUAUCUUCAUGCUGCUUGUACUGUUUAUCAACAUCAAUGAGCAAAUAAUGCCCAUGUUCCUGCCUCAGCGAGCGCUGUACGAGGCGCGAGAACGGCCGUCGAAGAUUUACAGAUGGACAACAUACCUACUUUCCAACAUCCUCGUUGAGCUCGCAUGGCACACCCUGAUGGCCGUCAUCAUGUACUUUUGCUGGUAUUACCCCGUGGGCUUUGUCCGAAACACGACGUCCGACGACCAAGCUGUCCGCGGGUUCCUCAUCUUCCUCUUCCUAUGGGUUUACCUGCUGUUCACGAGCACGUUCGCCCAUUUUGCCAUCUUCUGGAACGACCUUCCCGAAACCGCAGGCGUAAUAACCAGUCUUUUCUGGAUGCUAUGUAUCUUGUUUUGCGGGGUCGGGGUGCCCAUCGCCGAUCUCCCGCAAUUCUGGUCGUUCAUGUAUCGUGUUUCGCCCGCAACGUACCUUGUUGGGGGAAUCAUGUCUAGCGCCGUUGCCAACUCGGACGUUACCUGUGCCAAUCGCGAGAUCCUCCGCAUGGCUCCGACGGGGAAUCUUACCUGCGAGGAGUUCCUGGCUCCUUAUACCGAGGCGGCCGGGGGCUUGGUGCUAAACCCGACAGCGGGAGGGCUGUGCGAGUACUGCCCGCUUGCCACCACGAACGAGUUCCUUGACCAGUUCCAGAUUUCGUAUGGUACAAGAUGGCGGGACUUUGGUCUCAUAUGGGUCUAUAUCCUGGUGAACAUCGUGGCGGGGCUGGGGCUUUACUGGGCGUUCAAGGUGCCUAAGGGGAGGGGUAUCAAGCGUGCUUGA